CAGAUGUACCAGAGAAGAUCUGUGGAGACAGCAAAUGCUUCGAUGGAUAUUGGCGCACGAUGACCAGUGAGUUUGGAUCACGUUAAGCAAAGGGAAGGUGAACCCCAGGGUCCAUGGUACGACAAGAUGUACGCAAUCAGAAGCAUGCCCUCAGUAGCUCACCAGGACCAACGAGUGGAAGAUGGCGUGGAAGACAUGACACAGCUUGAGGAGAUGCAUAAUGAUGCAGUUCUUCUCAAUGUAAAAAAAAGGUUUGAACGGAAUCUUAUUUAUACCUACAUAGGAAGCAUUCUGGUUUCUGUGAACCCUUAUAAGAUGUAUAACAUCUAUGGGACGGACAUGGUGCUGCAGUACAAGGGUCACGCCCUGGGCGAGAACCCUCCGCAUUUGUUUGCUAUAGCAAACGCUGCUUAUUGCAAAAUGAUGGAUGCCAAACAUAAUCAGGUCAUAAUUAUCAGUGGUGAGAGCGGCUCCGGGAAAACAGAGGCUACCAAACUUGUCCUUCGCUACCUUGUAGCUUUACAUCACAUGCGUAAUUUUCCCCAACAGAUACUUGAGGCUGCUCCUCUGCUGGAGUCGUUUGGAAAUGCCAAAACUGUGCGGAACGAUAACUCCAGUCGCUUUGGGAAACACAUGGAAGUCUUUAUGGAGGAUGGUGUGAUAAGUGGUGCCAUAACUUCUCAAUAUCUUCUGGAAAAGUCUCGCAUCGUCUUCCAGGCCAAAGAUGAAAGAAACUAUCAUAUCUUCUACGAGAUGCUGGCAGGCCUUCCGUCUCAGCAGAAGGAGACUUUCUAUCUCCAGGAGCCCGAGACUUACUAUUACCUCAACCAGGGAGGAGAUUGUGGGAUUUCAGGAAAGGAUGAUGGUGAGGACUUCCAGCGUCUGCUUGCUGCCAUGGAGAUCCUCCACUUUACCCAGGACGACCAGUCAGCCAUUUUCAGAAUUUUGUCUUCCAUACUGCACCUGGGCAACGUGUACUUUGAGAUAUAUCAGGCUGACGGCCAAGAGGUGGCGACAGUGGUGAGCGCUCAAGAGAUCAGGGUGGUAGCAGAACUGCUGCAGAUCUCUCCAGAAGGCCUCCAAAAAGCCAUCACUUAUAAAGUCAUGGAGACGAUGAGAGACAAGAUUUACACCCCACUGACUGUGGAAAGCGCUGUAGAUGCCAGAGAUGCUGUUGCCAAGAUCUUGUACUCGCUGCUCUUUCAUUGGUUAACAGAGAGGGUCAACACUCAGGUGUAUCCUCGCCAACACACUCUCUCCAUCUCCAUCCUGGAUAUUUAUGGAUUUGAGGAUCUGGCAUAUAACAGUUUUGAGCAGUUGUGCAUUAAUUACGCCAACGAGUACCUGCAGUUCUUCUUUAACAAGAUCGUCUUCAGGGAAGAGCAGGAGGAGUACAGCAGGGAGCAAAUUCCAUGGCAGGACAUUCCGUUUAAUGACAACCAAGCCUGCAUUGACCUCAUUGCCGCUAAGCCUCAUGGCAUUCUGAGAAUCCUGGAUGACCAGAGCUGUUUCCCACAGGCAACAGAUCAUACCUUUCUUCAAAAAUGUCACUACCACCAUGGCAACAACCAAUUGUACGUGAAGCCAAAGAUGCCCCUUCCCGAAUUCACCAUCAAGCAUUUUGCUGGCCGUGUCACUUAUCAGGUUUACAAGUUCCUUGACAAAAACUACGACCAGGUCCGUCAAGAUGUCCUGGACUUGUUCAUUAAGAGCAAGAACAAGAUGGUGUCAAACCUCUUCCUUGCUCACGCAGAGCAAAGAGAAGGUCAUAUGAAGAAAAGCAGCACGGUCACCAGGAAAUACCAAGCUUCAACUGUCAGUUGCAAGUUCCAGCAGUCCUUGCUGGAGCUAGUGGACAAGAUGGAGAGGUGCAACCCAUUUUUUGUCCGCUGCAUUAAACCAAAUAACACAAAGCACGCAGGUGUGUUUGAAGACGACCUGGUCAAAGGUCAACUGCGACACUCCGGCAUCAUGGAGACCAUCAGGAUCCGUAAGGAAGGCUAUCCUGUCAGGAUGCCAUUCUCCAUCUUCCUAUUCAGAUAUAAAUCCUUGGUGGGAAUCCAACAUCUUCCAUCAGCCGAUGGAGACAACUGUCUGCUGCUGCUCAGUAAACUGUGUCCUCUCAAACCAGGAGACUCCCAUGUUGGGGUUACCAAGUUAUUUAUGAAGGAGCACAUCUACCAGCUUUUGGAGUGCAAACGAGAGCGCUGCCGCCAGCUCGCUGCACUCACCCUGCAGCGUUACGCUCGGAUGUACUUUGUCCGGAAACGCUACAUGGACCUCCGUGAUGUGAUCAUCAGGUUGCAGGCACAUUGCAGAGGCUUUCUUAUGAGAAGGCAAUAUGUGAAAAUGAAGGACAGCCUGGUUCGGUUCCGGUCCCUUGUCCAUUUUUAUAUCAGUCGGAAACGAUAUGUCAAGACAAAGUUGAUGGUCCAGCGGAAAGCUGAGGAGGAGAGGAAGAAGCGAGAAAUGGAUCUGCUGAAGAGAGAGGUGGUGAAUGUGACACACUUGGCCAUCCCUGCAGAACUUGCCGUUCUUCUACAAGCAGUGGGAGUCAGGCGAGAGUUGCACUCCGACUGCUUGGCUCUGCUUCAGGCUCCUCAUAUCCAAGAGUCGGCUUCCAAUCAACUCACUUUGCCUCUGGAUAUCAACAACUAUCCCUUCUAUCGUUACGUGCUCAGCUACUUCAGAGAGCCCAAGUUUGGGAUGUUGAGUGCUCCCCUGGAGGCUCCUUUAACCUGCAUUGAGGAGGACCUGAAAGCAGAAGCUCUUCAUCUUUUCAACUUGGUGUUACGAUUCAUGGGGGACCCUCACCUGAACGGCGCGCAGGAGAACAUGUUUGGCAAUUACAUCAUCCAAAGAGGUCUCUCGUCGCCAGGGUUACGGGAUGAGAUCUUGUCUCAGGUGGUCAAUCAGGUGUGGCGAAAUGUCAACGUUGACAACGCGGAUCGAGGCUGGCUUCUGUUGCUCGCAUGUGUCUGCAGUUUCGCUCCCUCGCCACAGAUGGACAGAUAUCUUCUCAAAUUUGUUUCUGACCAUGCAGUCAUGGAUUAUCAAGCAUUGCUGCAACAUAGACUCAUCCAAGCCAGUCAGAAGAGGCAGCAGAGUCCAGGCCCCGCCCCCGAGACCUCACGGACCUAUCCGCUGUCACUACUGGAGUGGACGGCCAACAGGAAGAAAGCUAACAUGGUGUUACAAGUGCAUUGUUUUGAUGGAUCGUCGUUCCUGUGUCCAGUCCACUCCUGGACCAGUGGCGAGGAUUUAGCGGGAGACAUUCUACACCACAGGGGCGUGUCGGACUGGUGGAGAGGCAGUUCCGUCCUGAUGAAGGAACAAGGUCAAUGGGUGGAAUUAGCGGGUCACGACUAUGUGAUGGACCUGAUUGCAGACCUGGAGCUUCCCAAUGACUUCCCAAAACAUAAGAGCUACUUCAUCAUCAGUACUGACAAGCCCACGAGAGUCCGAGCCAAUGCCAGCCUAACAUUAUUUGGAAGUGGUUUUGAUUCAGAUGAUGAACCUCCGCCUACCAUUCCUCUGGGAGGAGUCAGCAGACCAGCUUACAGCCUCUCUGAAUCUGACGGUUACCAUAGCCACGUGGAUUCCGACGCAUUCAGUGAUGGUCAAACUCAAAGAGGAAUGGACCGCUACCUGGACAGCCUGUUCGAUCCGGUGCUGUCUGACAGCAAUGUGGACAUGGAAAAAGCUGCAAUUUUGUCAGCAAGACUGAAGGGAGCCGGCGGUGUAGGCUUCCCGGAAGAAGAAACAGGAGAGAGCGAAAGAAAUUUGGUCCCGAGUAGGUUGUAUCCACCUGGAAUACACCCUGGAGGAACAGAGCAGACGGUACUGACUCAACAGCAGCAAGCCAUUAUCAACCAGCAAGCCAUCAUUCUGGCCCAGCAGAUGACCAUGCAGGCCAUGGCAAUCCAGCAGCAGAUGAUGUCCUCCUUCCCCGCUUCUCAGUCGCCGCCAAUACAUUAUCACACACCGCAGCACUCUCGAACACCAAGCCCAACUAAAGAAAAUCGAGAAGAUUCGCCAUCAAGAUCCAGCUCUCAGCGUAAAAUGAGUCCAACACGGAACCCCCCUCCAGACGAUGUGGUCCGCGCCAGCGUGAGUAACACUGAACGCAUGGAACCCAGCCAUGACAUUAAAGACAUCAUCAAACAGCACCAGCCUCAGCCUGCCAGCAUGACUCCCUCCGGACCUUCCAUCAAACGGAAAGAUGAUGGAAAGCUCUUUAUCAAGAAGACAGACCCCCAUGAUGAAGCCUUGGAGAUCCUAAAAGACCAAAUGGCCAAUCCUCCUCAACCAAAGAAGUCUCAGUUUUCCCAUCACAAAGAGGAACGAGAUGGCAAAAUAAGCAAGGCUAAUGAACCAACUGACGCCAUCAUGGGUCAUGCUCCUCCUACAGUCUGCAGAGAGUUGCCAGUGGAAAAUGAAGUCAUCCAGACUCAACUCCACAGCAGGACCAGCGAUGACUAUUACACCUACACUAAUGUGCCCUGGAAACUUUACCUGAGGAAGGAGGUGUUUUAUCCUAAAGAGAACCUCAAUGAUCCGUUGAUGUUGGACCUGGUCUUCAGACAGGUAGUACAUGACACAUUCUCUGAGGCCUGCAUCCGCAUCACCCAAGAAGAAAGACAAACGAUGAAAACUCUCUUUGUGGAAAACCAAGUGGAUCAAGUUCCAGGAACUCAUCAUGACAAUGUGAAGAAAAAGGUGGUUACCACGGCCAGAGACUCAUGGGAGAUCUACUUCUCUCGUCUUUUCCCAGCUUCUGGCAGCGUUGGGACGGAAGUGCAGGUAAUGUCUGUGUCACAUAAAGGCAUUAAGCUGCUGAAGUUAGUGAGAAGCAGCUCCACCGCUCCGGACUACUUCAGAGUUCUGAGGCCCUACAGCUACUCGGACAUCCUGUUCGUUUCCGUGCCGUCCAAAAACAUGCUGGAGUUCAAUCUCGCCAAUGAGAAGCUGAUCCUGUUUUCCGCCAGGGCGCAGCAGGUCAAAAGCAUGAUUGACUACUUCCUCACAGAAAUGAAGAAGGAUUCCGAGUAUGUGGUGGCAGUGAGGAACUACAUCAAUGAGGACAGGAGGCUGCUGAGUUUCCACAAAGGUGACAUCAUCAGACUUCAACGCAUGGAUGGCCUGGAGGCAGGUCAAAAAUAUGGCUGCAUUGUAAAGAAAAAGGUGAUGCUGCUGGAAGAACUCAAGAGAGACACCCCUGAUUUUGGCUGGCGGUUCGGGGCGGUGUACGGGAUGUCGGGAGCGUUCGCCGGCGAAGAUGUCCGACCUGUAGCCGCUCCGGACUUCCUGCUUCUCCCGACAGAGAGGGCGGAGCCUCGUGACAGACAAGGUCGUGUCGCUGCUUCGGCCGCCGUUGCCGUAGCGUUGGGCUCGGCGGUGGUGGCCCAAGAGCUGGACCGCUCGACAGAAGUCGUGAAGGGCACGCACGUGGAGAGCCAGGAAGAGCAAUCGGAUGAUAUGUCGGAAUAUGGCAGCCAGUACCACAUGAUUGAGUUUGCCAAGAGGUACUUCAGAGAGGCACAAAGGAACAGGAACGAUCCAAAAGCCAAAAAGGGGAGGGUUGGCAGGGAUCCAGCUGAUCUGAUCAUAUUCUCCAAGUCUCCACUCCAAGAGUCUCUGAUUGACUUCUCAGACAGCGGAAUGAACAGAGUAGCCGCUGACAUCUCUUCAGCUGUGAUGAAGUUCAUGGGGGACGUGCCACUCAAAGGUCAGAGCGAGCAGGACCUUGUGACAAUUCUACUGAAGUUAAGCGCUGAUCACGGCCUGAUGAAAGAUGAAGCCUAUUGCCAGGUGAUGAAGCAAGUCACUGCCAACAACAGCUCCAAACCAGACAGUUGCCAGAGAGGUUGGAGACUCUUGUACAUCUUGACUGCUUUCCAUCGCUGUUCACUUGUUAUGAAGCCAUUCCUCUUCAGCUUUCUACACAACGCCUCUGUCAGCAUGGGAUUGCAGUACCAAGGUAUCGCCAAGGCCUGUGAGCAGAAUCUGAGGAAAACAUUUCAGUACGGAGGACGUGUGCAGUAUCCCAACAACAUAGAAUUGAAAGCAAUGAUGGCGGGGCGGAGUUCCAAAAGACAGCUGUUCCUUCUGCCAGGUGGGAUGGAAAGACACUUGAAAGUCAAGACGUGUUCUGUGGCUUUGGAUGCCAUCGAGGAGCUCUGUUAUGAAAUGGACCUUCACAGAGUGGAAGCCUUGGAUGAAUAUGCAAUCUUUUUGGUCACGCACGGAGGUCAGAAUGUUCGACCCCUGAUUAAGAGGGAAUACAUCUUGGACGUUGCUACAGAAGCUGAACCAGUGGAUGCCAACUACAGUCUUUGGUUCCGAAGAGUCAUAUGGAGCCUUGCCUUGAAACUUGAUAAUGAGCUCUACGUUACCAUGCAUUAUAACCAGGUGUUGCCAGAUUACCUGAAGGCUUUGCUGAGUGUGGUCCCGCUGAGUAAGGCCAGUGAACAACAUCUACAACAGCUUGCCAGACUGGCUGCUCUCCAGCACCGUGCCAAAGACGCCGUCUGUCCGCCCACCACACGUGAGUUGCAGGAGUGUGUCCCCUCACAGUUCUACAGCAAACAGAGUCCGCAGCAGUGGCUCAAUAUGGCAACUCAACACAUGCAACAAGUCCAGCCUCUAAACCCACACCAGGCCCGUGCACAAUUCCUUGGUCUGGUCAGCCCCUUCCCCAUGUUCGGCUCUUCCUUCUUCUACAUCCAAAGUUCCAGCUCAGCCACCAUCAAGGCUCCGUGCAUUCUGGCGGUGAAUCUGAAUGGACUUCACUUUCUUAACAGAGACACUCACGAGGCCAUGGUGCAUUUCCCUUUAAAAGAAGUCCAGUCAACUCGCACCCAGAGACCAACGUCCGGCUCAAGUUACCCGUACGUUGACAUAAUGAUUGGAGAUCUGCUCAACCAGCGCAUCAUACAGCUUCAACUAGAGCAGGGUCUGGAGCUGUGUCGAGUGGUUGCCAUGCACAUGGAGAACAUGCUGUCUGCCAGAGAAAAGAGACUCACGUUGCCACCAAGUGAAAUCACCCUGCUAUAGUGUGGCUCAGUCAACAUGAGUUGACGUGGUAAAAAACACUACUCGUUAGUUUCAUGCCACUAAAAUGGACUGUUUCUGUAUCUACCUCUGUUUUCAUAAUGAACUGUUUGUUUUCUA